GGACCUUUGGGGGCCAUUGUCAAGCAUUCGACAUCAAGAUGCGUUUCUAUCUGCUCUUCUUUCUGGCCCUGAGCUGUUGCCUCCUGAGCCUUGCCAGGGCUGGGGUUCAUCUGGAGCCUGUCUCUGUUGGCCAUCAGCGCAACUCCACUGGACCACCACCGCCACGGGGAGCUCCUCCACCACGUCCCAGCACCACCGCCGCCAGCUCCACUGGUUAGGUAGGCUUCCUAAAUG